AUGCGCUUCAAGGCUUCCAUACAAAACGUCACAACCUUUACAAAGCUCACUGCAUCGCUGAACUCUCUCGGUCCGCUGGCGUGGGUGAAGCUCGGCGAAGAACAAGUAUGCUUCACCAUCAUACCCGAGCAAGGCACCCAAGUGUGGGCCGUCCUUUCCAUUGACUCCAUCUUUGAAACCAUCAGCGUCCAAUCUGCAGCCAACAACAUUAUCAAUCUCGAAGUGCCUCUCACAUCCCUCAAUCGUGCUUUGAAGUCUGCCCUCAACGCAACUUCGGCGCAGAUGCGUCUCACGAAAAAGGACAACAUGCCUGUACUAGCACUCACCAUGGUAACCACCACAUCCUCCAACACCUACAAUGGCAUUCCUACCGCAGCUACCGGCUUCGACAGCCACUUUGGCGCAUCCUUUGAUAACGAUUUUGGAGCUUCCAAUCGCGAGACCAUUGUCACACAAGAAAUCCCGGUCCGCGUCCUCGCACCCGAUACUGUCGCCGGCCUGCACGAACCCCGAUGUCGAGAGCCAGAUGUACAUAUCAUACUCCCCCCGCUCAUCCAACUAAAAGCCAUCAGCGACCGUUUUACCAAGCUCGCCCUCGCCGAGUCAAAGGGUAGCCUUGCCACUUCUGCCAAUACGCGGCUCGAGAUUGCAGCGAACAUGCAUGGAUGUCUCAAAAUGAGCGUGCGCUCCGACGCCAUGAACAUCUCAUCCAUCUGGACGGAUUUGACGAAUCCAGAACUCGAUCCAGGCCAGGUUGCUGGCGGCGAAAAUGGAAUUGCGGAUCAUCCGAGUUCACGGAUGAAGUUGCUGGGGAGUGCGGAUGGGAGGAGCGAGGAAGGCUGGGCGGCCGUGCGAAUCGACGGCCGGGAUUGGGGCAAGGUUAUGAGUGUGGGAAGACUUGGGGGUCGGGUCAUUGCGUGCUUUUGCCAUGAGCAUGCGCUGAUUUUGUAUGUUUAUCUGACAAACGAUACGGGUGAUGACGAGUCGGUAUUGACGGGUGUAUACACAUAUAAUGGAACACAGAUCCAUGAAGAGGCGUCAGAUACAAUCUAUGCCAGCAGCAUUGGAGCAGAUGUCCUCGUUCAUCUUGCAUCCUCGAGUCGGUCACUGAAUUGCUCUCCUAUUUUCAAAACUGCCAAAAUUAGAGAGAAUGGCUACGGAUCGCGUGUCUCCUCAGUUUUGCCUGCCAAGAGCAACUUCCUUGUUGUGGCUGCUUCGCAUUCAUCAGUUUCAUCUCCUCCACGCCUCUGCCAUGCGACGAUCACCAUUUUUAGAGCUCCCGAAACCUUCCACUGA